AUCUCGUGCAGUGACACAAGUGAGCUCAGCAAAGCCAGCCAAAGUUCAGAAGAAGCGAGCGAGCAGGAGGACAGGAAGUAUGGCGCACUACCAGCAGGGGAGGCGGCAGCAAGUGGACGAGUACGGCAACCCGGUCCCUGGGGGCCACGGUGUCCAGGGCCAGCAGCUGGGUGAAGCCGCCGGCGGGUACGGCGUCGCAGGCACCGGCAGCUACGGCGGCCAGCAGCAGGCCGGGUAUGGCCCCACGGGCACCGGCACGCAUGACGCCGGGGGCUACGGCGGCUCGGGCCAUCCGGGUUACGGGGCUACCGGAACGGGCGUCCACGACGCCGGUGGCCCAGGUGCGUAUGGAGGAGCCACGGGCACGAGAGCCCACGGCGGCGUGACCGGGAUCCAGGACGGCGCCGCCGGCCUCACCGGUGGUGGUCUGCAUGCAGCAACAGGCAUGAGGACGACUACCGGUACUGGCGCGCACGGUGCCACCGGAAUGCUUGACACGGGGGUCUUAGGCGGCGGAGGGCACGCGGCCACCGGCAUGCCCGCCGGCCACGACACGCGUCCCGGCGCCACAGGCGUAGCUGGAACCGGCGGCGCGUUCCCCCAUGCAGCUGAGCACAAGACGGGCGGCGGCAUCCUUCGCCGCUCCGGCAGCAGCUCCAGCUCCAGCAGCUCGUCAUCUGAAGACGACGGCAUGGGUGGGCGCCGAAAGAAGGGCCUGAAGGAGAAGAUCAAGGAGAAAAUGCCCGGAGGCCACAGGGAAGGCCAGGGCCAGGCGACGGCCACCGGCGCGUACGGUGGGAUAGGGUACGUGGCUGGGCCGACGACCGGAGGCCCCCACGAGAAGAAGGGUGUGAUGGAGAAGAUCCCAGGCGGCCACAAGGACUACGACCAGCAUCAGCACACCACCGCGGCAACUGGCGGCGGCGGUGGCUAUGGUGGAGCCACCGACACGACGUAUGGGACGACGACUGAGGGUACGCACGAGAAGAAGGGUUUCAUGGAGAAGAUCAAAGAGAAACUCCCCGGUCAGCACUAAGCAACUGCCUCUCCC